GUUGUUGUCGCUGUUGCUGAAGGCUGCGAGAUGCCGUCCAGAACUGACAGACCCGUCUACUGCCGUCCACCCUGUCGUCCAUCGUCCACUGGAGAAAACCUUCCCCAUCACUGACAUCCUCCACAAGAGGAAGUCGUCCUCUUCAGUGGAGUUUGCCGCGGUGGGGAAGAAGGGGGAGAAUAGCAUCUACUUCUCACCUCAGGGGCUGAACGAGCAUUUGGUUCCCGCUGGGGGAUACUUGCCCCCAAGAUACGACUAUUCUCCCCCUCAACAACCAUUCUUGCUGCCUAAAUACCAUCAUUCUACCCCUAAAAAUAAUUAUUUCACUCAUAAAAAAGAUUACCUGCCUCCUAAAAAUGACCACUCAUCUGAUUAUUCCCCUUUUAAUGAUCGUUCACCAGUUAUCCAUGACAAUAAUUAUCCUAAUAACCACCAUUUACUACCUAUUAAUAAGUUUUCUCAUCCGCGAAAUGAAUCCCCUCCCCCAAUUAAUAACUAUUCUCCUGCUAAGAGCAGCUAUUCUCCCAAUAGAAAUGAGUCCUCUCCCUCUAUCAACGACAAUUCUCCUCCUAAGCACCGAGUCUACCCUCAUUUUACCUCCAGCCCCGAAGCUGAUCGCUUUACCUCUACCGGUGCCAACUCUUCCCCCUCUGUGUUGCAUCAGAACAAUUAUCACCUCAUUAAUGAUCAUUCACAGCCUAAAGUUGAUUAUUAUGAUCCACCGAACGAUAAUGAGUCCCCUAAUCUUGCCUACGCGGACCCCAAAAUCGAUUAUGCGGAUCCAAAAAUCGACAUCGCGGCUUCCAGGAUUGACUACGUUGCUCCAAAAAUCGACAAAAUAGCCCCCAUAAUUGACCAUGAUGCUCCGAAAAAUAACUAUGGGGCUCCGAAUAUUGGCAAUGUGGCCUCAAACGGCGACUACGCGGCCCCAAAAAUUGACUAUGUGGCCCAAAAAAUUGACUAUGUGUCAAGAAUUGUCGACGUGGUUCCGAAAAUCGACUACGUAAGCUCAAGCAUUUAUUCUUCGCAAAAUGCGGUCGAUUUUUACAAUUCCAAACAUUCCUCUUCCGAUGGACCCGAACAGGAAUAUAGGAACAAAUUGAAGCUGAAGAAGUCGGAACCAAACUACGAGUUCGAAUACUCGGUCAAAUACGGCCAGUCUCCUGCGUACGGCCAUGAGACGUCAAGUGACGUCAGCUACGGGCAUAGGGAGCAACGUACGGGUGCUGAGACGUACGGAUCUUACUACGUCCUCCUGCCUGACGGUCGUAAGCAGACCGUGAGUUACACAGCGGACGUCAACGGUUACCAGGCGACCGUGACGUACGAUGAGGAGUCCCUCAUCAGGACCCUCACACGCCCUACGGAGUCCCUCAUCAGGACCCUCACAAGCCCUAUGGUGUCCCUCAUCAGGAUCCUCACACGCCCUAUGGUGUCCCUCAUCAGGACCCUCACAAGCUCUAUGGUGUCCCUCAUCAGGACACUCACAAGCCCUAUGGUGUUCCUCAUCAGGAUCCUCACACGUCCUACGGAGUCCCUCAUCAGGACCCUCACAAGCUCUAUGGUGUCCCUCAUCAGGACCCUCACACGCCCUAUGGUGUCCCUCAUCAAGACCCUCACAAGCCCUAUGGUGUCCCUCAUCAGGAUCCUCACACGCCCUACGGUGUCCCUCAUCAGGACCCUCACACGCCCUAUGGUGUCCCUCAUCAGGACCCUCACACGUCCUACGGCGUCCCUCAUCAGGACCCUCACACGAAAUAAGCCACUAAUAAACUUCAGCAUUGCCCCAGGAAGAGUAAACAUUAUUGGUGAACACACCGAUUACAAUGAAGGUUUCGUUUUCCCUAUGGCCCUGCCGCUGUACACGGUGGUUGUGGGCGGUCCUUCCGACGACGUUGGGAAGUGCCGGGUGGUGACUCUGGCUGCGGGUGCCGACGACCCUCGUGACGUUGAGUUCAGCCCUUCUACGUCAGAGCAGCCCCUCACCAAGAGUGAUGCUCCGGCGUGGGCUAAUCUCUCCAGCAGCGCCGCCCUCGAGGUCGCGACCUACAGCUUCUUAGAGGCCCUCACCCAGUCACCUGCUCAGAGCCCACGUGAGAAAGCUCUGGCCUGUCAGCGCGCGGAGCACGACUUCGCUCUCAUGCCGUGCGGCAUCAUGGGCCAGUUCGUCUGCAGCAUGGCCGAUGCUGGUAACAUUCUUCUCAUUGACUGCAGAGACCUGUCAUGCGAGCUGGUACCGUUCACUGAAGACUCCCUGCGCGUGGUCGUCUGCAACAGCAACGUGCGCCACACGCUCUCAGGCUCAGAGUACCCCGCCCGACGUGCCGACUGCUUCGCUGCUGCUAAAGUUUUGGGCAAAAAAAGUCUACGUGAAGCGACCAUGGAUGACAUUCAGAAUCACACGGCGUCUCUGAGCGACGUGACCAUACGACGCGCGCGUCAUGUGGUCACUGAGAUCACGCGCACGCAGGAGGCCGUCGCCGCCCUCAAGCGGCGCGACUACAAAACUUUCGGCAAACUCAUGACUGAGUUACACAACUCUCUCAAGGAUGAAUACGAGGUGUCGUGUCCUGAGCUGGAUGUGCUGGUGGAGGCGGCGCUAGGAGUGCCGGGGGUGCUGGGCUCCCGCAUGACGGGGGGAGGCUUCGGAGGCUGCACCGUCACCUUGGUUGAAGCUGGCAGCGUGGACGCCCUCCUGAGUCGCGUCAAGGAGCAGUACUCCGGCCAGCAAACCUUCUACGUCGCUGCUCCUGCGGGGGGCGCCUACACCAUCACCUUCUAAGCCGUCAGCAUCACCUUCUGGAGCCCAGCAUCACCUUCUUAGCCUCCAACGUCACUUUCUGAGCCCCCAGCAUCACCUUCUGAGCCCUAGCAUCACCUUCUCAGCCCCCAACAUCACCUUCUGAACCCCCAACAUCACUUUCUGAG